AUGAAGGCAGAUGGAGACUGGGAGAAUGUGAACUGCACCCAGGGGAGACCUUUCAUGUGCUACAACAAAGGAGAUGGUGAUCACCCCCUGAGUUACACCCUAAAAAAGGAGCGACGCUCCUGGUGUGAAGCUCAGAGGUUCUGCAGACUGCACCACACUGACCUGGUCAGCAUCAGCAGCAGCACCCAAAAUGAAGAGGUGAAGAAUAAAGGGGACGGAGAGGCCCCCUUCUGGAUCGGCCUGAUACACACGGACUGGGAGUGGUCUGACGGAGCGUGCUCCACCAGAAACUUAGGCAAUCCUAAGGAAGGAAAGGACUGUGUGAGAGCAGGCACAGGCCAAUAUUACCAUACGUGGACUGCAUAUGACUGUAUAAUUCAAUCCCAAGCUCUCUGUUACAAAGACGAGAUCCACGUGAUUGAGAGCACUGAGACCUGGGAGAGCGCUCUGGACUACUGCAAUCAGAACUACGAGGGAUUCCUGCGCAUCGAGUCCCCGCAGGACCAGCGCCGGCUGGAGGAGGAGCUUCACAAAAGCAACCUAUCAGGGCCCGUGUGGCUGGGCCUCAGGCAGAGCCGUCUCUUUGGCUUCUGGAUCUGGGCCAAUGGGAUGAAUGUGGGGUGGAGCAACUGGGAGGGGGGCAGCCAACCAGAGCAGCCGCUGUCCAACAUCUGUGGCGCCAUAGCAACAAGCGGACCCGGGAAGUUCAAGUGGAGCGACCAGAACUGCCUCUCUAAAAGUUACUUCCUGUGCGAGGGAAGAAACGUUAAGGGUCUGUGACCACCUCUAUCUCUACCACUAUUUCCACCUCUAUCUCGACCACUAUUUCCACCUCUAUCUCUGACGUGAUAGAAAACAAGCUUGCUUACUGUGUUUAACUAUAUGAAAUUCAUCUUUAUGUGUUUAUAACAAAACUAUGUAUGUAACUUAAUGUGCAAAAUGGAAAGGUACUGGGAAGGAAUGACCUUUGAGGAGGAAGACAUGUGGAUGAGCUGAGGGAGUCAGAUGGAUAACGAUCUGGGCUUCAACUGCAAUCAUUUUGGGUACAAAGGGGACACAAGAAGCUCACGAAUAUGUAAACAUGACUUCAGGGAUACUUUGUAAAUGGAGAAAAAUUCAUAGUUAAAAGUCCAUUUGCUAUAAGCAUAUAAUCAGAAGGGAGUCUGCUUGAACGGUUUCUUCUAUUUGGCCAAAUUAAAACUGUGUUGCUGAAUUACUCUGUGACCUGACUAAAUGGUUUGUCUCCAUUGAAGGAAAAAUCCAUGACACUAUCUCUACCACUAUUCUCCUGUGUUUAAACAAGUCUUAUUGCUGCUUCCCUGAGGUUGGCAGUGGUUUUAUACUCAUUUUCAAACCUGCGUUAAAUGUAAAAUCAGGAUGACAAAUUUCAGAUAGAAAUAAUUAGUCAUUUAAACACCACAGCUAAAUUCCUACACUGCAAUAUUGCAAUAAAACUUAUAAUAAAAAAUUAAAGUUCCAUUUUUGGAUUUGU